AUGGCGAUUUCUUCCACUUUAUUUAUCAACCAGAAGGGAUCGACGACGACACUUAAGCAACCCAAAGAGGUGUCGUUCUAUUCUAGGACACAAGGGGGUGAGUGUCUUGUCCACGAUGACAGCAGACUGAAGUACUACUACUUACCCAAUGCGGAUCUUGACUCACACUUGGAUUUGUCCAGUGGGUUCAAAAGAUUUAAGAAUUGUGAACGUGACUUUCAAGACGUGGGGUCAAUUCACCCUCUGCUGGAUACCAUUAUGGGAUACGAGGAGACGAAAUCGAAACCAUUGAGUGCAGACAUUGUAGGGUUCAGUGAUACAAUCAUCAAGAUUAUUCUCUCCGCGUUCCAUAACACAAAGAUUAACCCUAUUGAUAUGAGGGUCGUUUCGUACAGAGGACAACUGUUUAUCAAAAAUAUGGCUUCUACGGGGGUCCAUGACCCUGAUAUGAGGGAGUACGCCUCGUAUAAAUUUGAAACACUAGCGACACUGGCAGAACCACUGGCGUAUACGGAUAGAGAAAUUUUGAACAGGAGGCCCAAGAAGAUCAGUAACAACGGUGAUAAAUAUUACACGCUCGUCAAAACGGGGGUCGCAUCGGCCAAACUGGUCCUCGCAUCCGAGGUUAACUGUAUUUUCGACUUUAAACAGCAGGGGAAGGAUAACCUGAGACACUACUGCUUUUUGGAGUGCUCUUCAGCGGUGAACAACAUCAAUGAUUCGCGCAGGUUUGAAAACCAAUUCUUUAGAAACUGGCUAAAAUGUUUCUUGGUUGGGAUUCCACGCAUAAUAUGCGGCUUUUAUGACGAAAAGUAUAUUGUCAAGACCGUAGAGGAAUACAGCCUCGAUGAGGUGCCCCUGCUGUUAAAGGAACACAGCCCAGAGGCUGCGAAUAAGUGUACAAACGCUAUAAAAUGGUACGGCUUAUUCACGGAAUGGCUGUUGAAGAUAAUCCCAAGGGACAAGAACGAUCACUCUAUCAGACCGUUCAAGUUACAGCUCGCUGAUAAUCACUUGAAACUGACAGAAAUUGACGCUGCGGACCCAGAAUACAUCGGGAUAGUGGAGGGCGAAGAUAUCCUAUCUAGUAAAUUCAAAGUAUGGAGGUCGUCACAAGCUGUGUGA